AUGAGUGAAAAAAUCAGGAUUGUUCUUUUUGGCCUAACCGGGCAAGGAAAGUCUUCCAUUGCUAAUAUGCUAAUUCAAGGUGAUAUUUAUCAUGAAGGCAAUGUAUUCGCAAUUAAUGAUGGUGCUGUUGGUGCGAGCUCUAAGAUACUAUCCAGUAUGAAUGAUAAAUUUAUAGUGUAUGAUACGAUUGGAGUAGGUGAAACGAUUUCUGGGAAUGUUCCGCAUAAGAAAGCUGUCAAAGAGAUAAGAGAUUAUUUUGCUAUAUGUCAGGAGCGACUCCACUAUAUAGCUUACGUUAAAAAACAGGGUCGAUUCACUGAAGAUGAUCAGAUGUGA